GGGGGUAUCUUCAAGCUUUCCAAACUCUGAAUAUGAUAAUUUUGUAUUAGACACAUCCGUGUUCAUAGAUGAAAAAAAAAACAGAUGAACUAUGAUGCAGGCAAAUCAGACACAGGUGACAGAAUUUAUUCUUCUGGGACUCUCUGAUGACCCCCACACCCAGAAGCUGCUAUUCAUCUUAUUUCUGGGCAUCUAUAUGGUCACUGUACUUGGAAACCUACUUCUCAUGUUCCUUGUUCGGGCUGACUCUCGGCUUCACACACCCAUGUAUUUUUUUCUGUGUAACUUGUCACUGGCUGACCUCUGCUUUUCUACCAACAUUGUUCCACAGGCUCUCAUCCAUCUCCUUUCAAGGAAAAAGACUAUUUCAUUUAGACGCUGUGCAGCCCAGCUUCUGCUCUUUCUCAUCUUUGGGUGUACACAAUGUGCCCUUUUGGCUGUGAUGUCCUAUGAUCGGUAUGUGGCUAUCUGUAACCCUUUACAUUACUCUAGCAUCAUGACAUGGAGGGUGUGUAUCCAGCUGGCUACAGUGUCAUGGACUAGUGGCAUUUUAGUCUCUGUGGUGGACACCACUUUCACACUAAGACUUCCCUAUCGAGGCAGCAACAGUAUUGCUCACUUCUUUUGUGAGGCCCCUGCACUUUUGGCCCUGGCUUCUACAGACACUCAAACUUCAGAGAUGGCUAUUUUCCUCAUGGGGGUUGUGAUUCUCCUUAUACCUGUCUCCCUAAUUCUGGUGUCCUAUGGCCAUAUCAUAGUAACUGUUGUCAAGAUGAAAUCAGCUGCUGGGAGGUUCAAGGCAUUUUCUACCUGUGGCUCCCACCUCAUGGUUGUCAUCCUCUUUUAUGGAUCAGCGAUUAUCACCUACAUGACCCCAAAGUCUUCCAAAGAACAGGAGAAACUGGUGUCUGUUUUCUAUGCAAUGGUGACACCUAUGCUUAAUCCCCUCAUCUACAGCCUUAGGAACAAAGAUGUAAAGGGAGCUUUGUGGAAAGUAGCCAUGAAGAACUUCUCAAGCAGGCUUAGAAUCACCCACUGACUCAGAUACUCCUGACUUCCUACAUAUAACAUAUGCUAGAUAGUCUUCUGUAUGAAUGCAAGCUAUGGUAGGCUGUUUAUCAUUGGGCUUUG